AUGGAGGAGCCGGAGAGGGAACAGGGGGACCGCGGAGGCAAUGGAGCGAAGAUCCCAAUGAUGUACGACGAGGAGGAGAUGGAGAUGGAGUUGGAGGACGUGGAAGACUUUGACGACCCGGGCAAGUUCCAGAUAGAGGAGGAGAUGGUAGCGGAGGUGAUGAAAUGCCUCGAGGAAGAGAUAACUCGGCCAAGCUCCUCCUCCUCCUCCUACGUCUGCUCGUGGGCGGGGGCGCCGUUCGUGACCAUCAACGGGAACGAGGAGAGCUGCGGGCCCUCAUUCUCUGACUCGGCUUCCUCCGUGAUGGCCAGCAUCGACACCCGCGGCGUUGCCGGAGCGCCCCGCCACGGCGGAGGCAGCGGAGGCGGCGGGGGCGCCGCGGCGGGGGAGGUACGGCCGUGGCUGCUGGGGCCGGCGUGGGGGGUGCCGGCGGCGGGGGAGGAGCUCUGCGUGGAGGAUGUGGAACAGAGCGACGACGGCUGUCUCGCCCUCGCUGGUGGGGGCUUCGAGGUGGAGGGAUAG